AUGAAAGAAGAUCGACUGAGAUGGUUAAGACACGCCACGAGGAGAGAAGAAUCUAAAGCAAUAAUAAUGGUAAUGCCAGUAAAUGUAGGAGAAAAGAGAGGAAGAGGAAGACCGAAAAAGAGGAGAUUGGAUUCUGUUGGGAAUGAUAUGAGGACAUUUAAGGACAGAUUAUAUAUACGAGGUGGAAAAUCGGAUCAAGUAGAAGUUUAG